UGUGUGGCAUUAGCUGCUGAAAGGUGCAAGUCUUCUGCAGCUACUUGAUUACUGGCUGUUGCUUCUUAAACCUGUGAUGGCUAAAUUAUUCUUCUUUCACAGAAUCUUCAGCAAUACUGUUCUGUUCAGAAGAUGUCUGCCCUUGAAACCCUUUUUAAAUACAUUGAUGAACACCAAGACCUCUACAUUCAGCGGCUGGCUCAAUGGGUGGCAAUCCAGAGUGUGUCAGCAUGGCCAGAGAAGAGGGCUGAAAUCAGACACAUGAUGGAGGUUGCUGCAAAGGACAUUGAGCGGCUGGGAGGCACAACCCAACUUAUGGAUAUUGGGAGACAAAAGCUACCUGAUGGAUCAGAGAUCCCUCUACCACCAAUUGUUCUGGGGACGCUUGGCUCAGAUCCAUGCAAAAAGACAGUGUGUGUAUAUGGUCAUCUGGACGUUCAGCCAGCAGCACUAGAGGACGGCUGGGAUAGUGAGCCUUUCACACUGGUAGAAAGAGAAGGAAAGCUGUAUGGGCGAGGAUCAACAGAUGACAAAGGUCCAGUGCUUGCCUGGCUGAAUGCCUUGGAGGCUUAUCAACAAACCAACCAAGACCUUCCAGUUAAUAUUAAGUUCUGCCUAGAGGGUAUGGAAGAAUCAGGAUCUGAAGGCCUCGAUGAACUAAUUUUUGCUCAGCGAGAUACUUUCUUCAAAGAUGUGGAUUAUGUUUGCAUUUCUGACAACUACUGGCUAGGCAAGAAGAAACCUUGUAUCACCUAUGGCUUGAGGGGUAUCUGCUACUACUUCAUAGAGGUGGAAUGUAGUGAUAAAGACCUUCACUCUGGAGUUUAUGGUGGUUCGGUACAUGAGGCUAUGACAGAUCUCAUUACUCUAAUGGGUUCUCUUGUAGACAAGAAAGGAAAAAUCCUCAUCCCAGGCAUUAAUGAAGCAGUGGCAGCUGUUACUGAUGAGGAGCUGGCACUAUAUGAGAAGAUUGAUUUUGACCUGGAAGAAUAUGCAACAGAUGUAGGAGCAAGAAAACUAUUGCAUGAUACAAAGAGAGAUAUCCUUAUGCAUAGGUGGAGAUACCCUUCCUUGUCUCUCCAUGGAAUUGAAGGAGCAUUCUCAGCCUCUGGAGCCAAGACUGUGAUUCCUAGGAAAGUGAUUGGCAAGUUCUCAAUCCGGCUUGUGCCAAACAUGACUCCUGAAGAAGUCACAAAGCAUGUUGAAGACUAUGUGAGCAAAAAGUUUGCAGAGCUGCAGAGCCCCAACAAAUUCAGGGUAUACUUAGGCCAUGGUGGAAAACCCUGGGUGUCAGACUUCAACCAUCCCCACUACAUGGCUGGUAGGAGGGCCAUGAAGACAGUUUUUGGAGUGGAACCAGACCUGACAAGGGAGGGAGGAAGCAUUCCUGUUACCCUUACUUUUCAGGAAGCAACAGGCAAGAAUGUCAUGCUGCUUCCUGUUGGAGCUGCAGAUGAUGGUGCCCACUCCCAAAAUGAGAAGCUAAAUAGGUACAACUACAUCCAGGGGGUGAAGAUGCUUGGUGCAUACCUUUAUGAAGUCUCUCAACUGAAGGACUAAGACACCUUACCUUCUGGCUUAUGGAUCAGAAGUCUGAAUUUUCUUACAAAAUGUCAUCAAUUACCAAGUCCACAUCACUCCUCUUUUCCACCAACACUCCAUUGCUUUGGUGGUGAGAUGGAAGUGUACAGUUCCACUUGACAAAAAACAGUGUACCAAAAAUGUUUCUUUAAAUGACAGACUAUUCUUUAUCUGACCAGCAGUCCUGAAUUGCAUCUUUGUCCCUUCUGUGUCACAUCAGAGCUGGUUUGUUGUAUUCAUCUACUUUUCCUGUAAAGCAGGAGGAAUGCUUUCUUCACAGCUGUUUAAGCAGCCACAGUUGCAAAACUGCCAACUAAGGUUAAGGAUCUUAUUCCUGGAUAUGUCCUGAAGUAGUCAGUGACAGAUCAUGGGGCUGUACUGGAAUGUGUUCAGGUUGUAGUGAGGCAUCUGUCUUGCCAACCAAGCAAUUUGGAAAAGCAGUUUGUCUCUUACAGUUUAUACCUGCCUGCAGGUUUCAAUUUACAGUGAACUGGGUUGUAACAAAAUUCACUGUGGUAAUGACUACUGGCUGUCUUUUUGUAAAGCUGCCUUUGUACUCCCUAAAAAGGACAAUAAAUAAUCAUGCUCUAGA